AUGCCCUCCGAGAAUCAAGAUGCGACCAUCAAAGAGUCGAAAAGAUAUGUGCGCGAGAUCGUACGAGACGACUGGUCCUUUGAGCCGUCCGAGUCCCGCACUGCGUCAUCGCUGCUGCCCACGUCGACCGGCUCCGAGGUUGCGGAAUGGCGACUUCGCGAAUAUGACAGCUCGGAUUCGGAACUAGAGCCACGCGCCGGGUUUCAGAUGGUGGACAUGUCGCAGCCACCGCCUGCGGCGAGGCCCGAGGCGAAAUCCAAGACACCCGCCCCAGAGAUCAGUCCGGCGGAGAGACGGCGCAAACGGCGCAUGCGGGUGGAGGAGGAAAUCUGCUGGAACGAGGGACUGCACACAUGGGUUGAGCAACGGGAUGUCUGGUCGGGGGCUCGGAAACGACGAGAGGUCGGGAAAAGACUGUUACAGCACAGCGAUAACAAUGUAGAGGAGGGGCUUGGUUCGGACUCACCGGGGACGUCUCCCUCAAACGUGGACAACGAGGACAGGCUGGCCUGCCGGACGGAGACUGCGCUUGCGAUUUCCCACCCCCCCACCACCAUCACCGAUCGACUUGCAGAGGAGGAAUCACCGCGGUCGACGGAGCUGCUCCCCGCGAUCGACAAACGCAAGGAGUCCACAGAGACCGGCAUCACAGAGCCGGAGCCCGUCGUGUCCAACUACGAUGGCGAUAACGACCCGGACGAGCCGCUGAUCCCCGUCGCAUCGCCGCUGCUGCCGCUGUCACAUCCGAUCCGCGCUGCGAUCAAUCCCUCCAUCUAUCCAUCCAUCUAUAGCAAGGUUGUCGUCCAGGGUCUCACCCCAACCGUGCCCAUCAACCUCGCCGACAUGACCAAGGCCAUGGUCCAGGGUUGGAAAGCUGAUGGCCAGUGGCCGCCGAAGCCCACCCCGAUCGCCCCGGGUGCCGAUGUUCCUGUACGCAAGCGCGGAACAGCAGCAGGUCAUGGUCAUGGUCAUGGCCAUGGAUCGGCCGCCGCCGCUGCUGCUGCUACUGCUACUGCCGCGGGGGAACCCUCCAAACGGAGAUCCAGCGUCGUAAAUGCCGUGCGCAAGGUCCUACAUUUCUCGUCUCACCCUUUUCACCGGCGGGGCUCCAGC